AUUUUGGAUUUCCCUCCAUGCGCUGCGUUCUGGAAUGGCGAGGCCCGAUGGCGCCGUGGAUGAGGAGGAGGAAGGAGGAGGAGCGCGAUCGGCAGCGGCCAUGGAAGAGGAGGAGGAGGAAAGCCUCCUACUAGAUCGAGAGGAGGAGGAAGUGGUUUUUAAGAACGACGAUGAAGAAUCCAGUGAGGAUUAUCGGCCGGGAGGGUAUCAUCCAGUGUGCGUAGGGGAUUUGUACAAGGAUGGCCGGUAUUUGGUGCGCAAGAAGCUCGGAUGGGGGCAUUUCUCUACCGUUUGGCUUUCCAGCGAUCGGCACAAUGAAAAUAAAAAUAUAGCACUCAAGAUCCAAAAGAGUGCACAACACUACACAGAGGCCGCAAUGGACGAGAUCACAAUUCUCACACAAAUCAGCAAAGGAGAUCCCGAAAACAAAAAGUGUGUUGUCAAGCUGCUGGACCACUUCAGGCACACUGGUCCAAACGGGCAGCAUGUGUGCUUGGUGUUUGAGCUCCUGGGGGACAACCUUCUCACUCUCAUCAAGCGUCACGACUGCCGGGGACUGCCGCUGCAAGUGGUCCGUGAGAUCUCGGCACAGGUACUCGUUGGGCUGGAUUAUCUCCACAGGGAGCUGUCGAUCAUACACACCGAUCUCAAGCCCGAGAACAUUCUACUUACGACGCCUCUGCCGAAAGCAAGGGUCUUCGAUCACAAGAAUAAGUCUAGAGCCGAGGAGAACACCGACGCUACUGGCAAGGAAGGUGGCGACGAGUUUGACGGCAUUGCUACGAAUAAAAGUAUGAAGGAUCGAGAGCCUGGCAAAGCAGAGAUCGAAGCGUUCCAAGAUGCGUGGAAGAACAUCGGCUUGGACAAGAGUUGCCUCGAGGAUGCUCCGUCCGAUGUGGAGAAGCUGAUUUGCGAAGUAAAGAAGCCUCCACCGCUCGCCUCCAAUCGCAAGACCUCCCACGACGUAGACCUGCGGUGUAAGAUUGUGGACUUGGGGAACGCUUGCUGGACGUACAAGCAGUUCACUGCAGACAUCCAGACGCGGCAGUACCGGUGCCCGGAAGUUCUCGUCGGCUCCAAGUAUUCCACUCCCGCGGAUAUGUGGUCAUUGGCGUGCGUGGUUUUUGAGCUUGCCACUGGAGACGUUCUUUUCGAUCCACACACCGGAGAAGAUUACGACAGAGACGAGGACCACCUCGCUCUUACCAUGGAGCUUUUGGGCCGGAUGCCAAGGAAGGUUGCUCUAGGCGGACGGUACUCACACGACUAUUUCAACCGUCACGGUGAUCUGAGGCACAUCCGGAAGCUGCGAUUCUGGCCCCUCAAGAGAGUGCUGGUGGAGAAAUACGACUUUUCCGAAGUUGACGCACAAGAUCUGUCGAGCUUCCUGUGCCCGAUCCUGGAGUUCGUCCCGGAGAAGCGCCUCACCGCCGCACAGGCGCUGCAGCACUCGUGGCUCAACUCGGGGCCGCUGCUCGUGACUCCGUCGCCAGCGAUCAUCGCGGAGGAGGAGGCCAAACUUCUCUCGAGCGAGCAAACGCUGAGCAAGAGCGACGACGCUGCUGCCUUGGCACCACCACCACCCUCGAAGCUGACGAGCGCCAAAGCUGAUGAUGCUCGGGUGGUACCAAAGUUCGCUGGAAUUCACCGGCUUGCUCAUAUACUUGGUGGAUGGAAUCUCUUGAAGAUUGGUCUCCUUUGGAACCCAUUCAAGUUUAGCUUCUCCAAGCUCUCGAGGUUCUAAGCAGGAGCUAGAAUAUUCCAUACUCAUAUUCUAUAUUGGUAAGCAUAUUCUAUAUUCG